GAUCAAGGGUUACUGUGAUCAAGGGUACCUUAAUAUUAUGAUCCGCGCCCUGAGUGAAUUUAUAUAACGAUAAAGGAUUUUAUCAGGACGUGUUUUAAAAACCUCAUUACAUAGACAGAUUCUCAGGGUCAUAUAAGGAUGGCCACAGAGGAAGACCUAGAGGCGUUCCAAAAGGAGGGUCACGUGGCUUUCGUUGUGGGUUAUACGGGGGAGACAGGGAAGGAAUUGGUAAAGGCCUUGUCUCUGACCAAACCCUUCGCCCGUGUCGUGCUGAUUGGGAGGAGGAAAACCAACGUCACAGAAAACCUCGGGCCAGAAUUCGAAGAAAAAAUAGUUGACUUUGAGCGCUUGGACGACUACAAGGAAGCAUUCACAGGAUGUGACGUAGGAUUCAACUGUCUUGGAACAACUCGAGCCAAGAGUGGAGGAAAGGAAGGUUUCAUCCGAGUUGACCAUGAUUAUGUUAUGAAUUCGGCAGAACUUGCGAAGAACAGUGGCUGCAAGCGCUUUCUCCAUGUUUCAUCACAGGGCAGCAACAAAAACAGCUGUUUGCUGUAUCCUCAGACAAAGGGAAGGGUAGAAGAAGAACUCCAGGAAUUACAAUUCGACCAUUUAUCAAUAUUCCGCCCUGGGUUGUUGCUGUGUGAUCGCCAGGAGCGACGUGUCGGGGAGAGGAUAGCCAUGUGUCUCCUCUCGCCUUGUAUCUGCUGCUGUGGCAAGUAUUCCGCCGUGUCAACGGAAACUCUGGCGGCGGCCAUGAUAAGACGCGCUUGUCAGCCCAACGGCAAGGUGGAAAUCAUCGAUAAUCCCACAAUCCAUUACAUUGCUUCAUAGCGACGUGUGGGUGAUAGUCGAAUCAUGAACACAAUACGUGCAGAGAGAGAGAGAGAGAGAGAGAGAGAGAGAGAGAGAGAGAGAGAGAGAGAGAGAGAGAGAGAGAGAGAGAGAGAGAGAGAGCUAUUAACAAAAUUAAUCUUAAUUGUUUUUGUUAUUUUAUUUGUAAACCAUAAUAAAUUAAAUCCAUUGUUUCUUAUAUUACUUUGUUCAAGUUAUCACUCAUUAAAAAUGCAAUAUCAA